AUGGUGGGGAUUUUCCUGCUCCUCCCUUCUUUCGCCUACGCCGCGCUCACCAGCUCUCCCGCGACCGCGACCCGGGUGGCCGCGGUGCCGCCGCUCGCAGAGUGGGUCGCGUCGCAGGGCGGCGACGUGUCCGUCGUCCAGGCCGCCGACGCGGCCCAGCUUGGCGUCGGCCUCGUUGCGGCUCGGGCGGUGCGGCGGGGCGAUCGGCUGCUCAGCGUGCCGGAGGAGCUGGCCAUCACCGCCGAGUCUGCCCUGCGUUCUGAGCUCCUCGGCGCCUACCUCGUCGAGUUCGAGCCUUACCUCGCAGACUACUCCUUCAUCGCCGUCGCACUGCUCAACGAGGAGCGGCUCGGUGAGCAGUCCAGCCUCGCGCCGUGGCUCUCGUCGGCGUGCUGGCAGGUGGAGCAGCACGACCUGCCGCUGCUCUGGCCCUCGGACGACCAGGCCGAGCUCGAGCAGUCCACCGCGGCGCCGUGUGUGGAGCGGCGGCUCGCGGCGCAGGCCGACUACGAGUG